UCCCAUGAAGGCAGCAUUAGAUCUGAUUUAGUUUGUUUGUCCCUGGUCCAAAUCCUCGGUUCAACUGCCGGGGCAGCAGCAGGGAGACUAAUUGGAUAAACGACCAGGAACAUACAGUGGGUGGGACCGUUUUGGGGUUGGUUCUGGAUAUUUUCUUUGCUCUACAGAACAAGUUAGGUUAAUAUCUCAACGAGACCGAGGACAAGCGGGAGCAGGUGCUUGUGGAUGGCGAUAAAAAAAACAGAGGAAAACUCCAGAUUCCCGACACGACUGACUGGGUAGACUGGGGCUGUAUCGAUAAAAUAUAAGGCUGACUUAGUUUAGAGCUACUAAUUUACCUGGAAGGGGCUUCGGGAAUACUCCUUACGGAUUUGGGGAUUUUUUAGAGUAAGUUAGCGUCCCGUCCCGAUUCUCCGCACUCCAACAUGGAGAAAGUGAGCCUCCAGGAGACCUCGCCUCAACUUAACUUUUGGUUCUGGUGAGGAAAACGCAUCGAGGAGCAAAUGCUGGAGUCCUAGCUCGGUUUUCGUCGUUUUACUGGAGCGAAAGCGCCGAUCACAGACACACAAUCCACCAUGAACCAGAGUACGGCUAAAGACCGAGUGGACAGAAUUGAUCCGUAUGGCUUCGAGCGCUCGGAGGACUUUGAUUUUGAAUCCUACGAGGAGCUCAUGUCCGAGUAUCUCAUCAUCUGCACCCGACGCUCCAUCAAGUGGUCCAGACUGCUGAAAGAUACCGGCAAGGUGCAAAGGAAUGUAAAAUUAAAGCGCUAUGUACGCAAGGGGAUCCCCAAUGAGCACCGCACUUUUAUCUGGAUGACAGCCAGCGGGGCUCAAGAGCAGCUGGAGAAGAACCCAGGGUACUACCAGUCCAUGCUGGUGACCCACAAUGACUUCAAACUGGUGGAGACCAUCAGAACAGACUUGAACAGAACGUUUCCAGACAACGUCCUGUUCCGCAAGUCUUCAGACCCGUGUCUGCAAAAAUCUCUGUUCAAUGUGCUGCUGGCCUAUGGUUACCAUAACCCAUCUGUGGGCUACUGCCAGGGCAUGAACUUUAUUGUUGGUUAUUUACUGAUUAUCACUAAAGAUGAAGAAAAGUCUUUCUGGCUGAUGGAUGCACUGAUUGGGAGAAUUUUGCCAGACUACUACAGUCCUGCUAUGCUGGGACUGAAGACGGACCAGGAGGUGCUGGGGGAGCUGGUGAAACUCAAAAUCCCCCGAGUGUGGCAGGUGAUGGUGAAACACAAUGUGAUGUGGACACUGGUGGUCUCUCGCUGGUUCAUCUGUCUCUAUAUUGACAUUCUGCCUGUGGAGACUGUUCUGCGGAUUUGGGAUUGCCUUUUCUAUGAAGGUUCAAAAAUCCUGUUCCGUGUAGCUCUUACACUGAUCCAUCACAACCAGGCUCUGAUCGAACAGGCCAAAUCCCUGCCAGAUGUCUGCCAGGCCUUCAAAGAGAUCGCCCAGGGACCAUUUGUUGAAGAUUGCCACCAUUUCAUGCAGAAAAUCUUCACCGAACCAGGAAGUCUCUCCAUGACAACCCUGAUUAAGCUCCGGGCGACAUGUCGUGGUCGAGUUGGUGAAGGAGAAUUCUGACCUGGACUUCCCAGAACGUCUGCCGAUGCAUUCCAGAGGGUCGAGCUCCCAGCAGCUUGUUUACACCCCGAGUCACUUUACACUGAACUUUGUCUUAAAGCAUAAACCGAGACAAUCAAAGCUGACAUGUUGUGCUUUAUGACCCGAUGAUUCCAUUUCAUGCCAUGACGUUUGUCUUGCAUGAAGUUUCAGAUUUUUGCACCUUAAUCCAGGAUGGCAAAAGUUAAAUAGAAAAACCUGAAUGAAAACAAUGUUGUUCCCUUAAAGCACAGCCAGGAAUAAAAUGUCCACUGUAUUUCACAUCUUUGUCAAAAAUUUAAAUAACACUAAUUGUUGUUUUUAGGUGAAGAGUUGAAUGAUGAAAUAUAUUGAUUCAAUAUUUUUGUGGUGUUCAUGUUAAACUAGUCAUUUAAGUGAAACUGUCCAUUACCAGAGAUGUGGGCUUAGUUUAUACACUGUAUUUAAAUCAAGUUACCAAGGUGAUCCAAUACAAGCACAACCGAAACAGCUGCUGUCUGUGUUUUAUAUACCAGGAAUCACUCCAACAUGGACUCUAAAUAUUUUUAUUACGUUACAGGAAAAUGCAUAAUAGAAAAUAGAAUUUUCCUUUAAAAAAAAAAUCUAAGCAUUCUUAUUUUUUUUAUAAGA